AUGCAGAUGAUGAACGGCGUGCUGGAGGUCCGCUGGGAGGACACACUCAAGGUGGACGUGCCCCGGCCGGCGUUCAUGGACGAAAAGGAGCCGGACGACUGGACCGAAGACGAGGUCAAGGAGGCCGCCGAGUACGAGCGCAGGGCGGCCGAGUUGGAGGUGGAGCGGGACAAGUACCGCAAACUGCUGGAGCAGGAGCUCAAAAAGAUGCUGGUCACCCUGCAGGAGACGGUGGACCGGUUUGACGACAGUCUGAAUCAGCUGUUCACGCUUAAGGUACAGACGGAACACGCUAUCUACCAGGAGGAGCUGAAGGUCAGCAGACUGAUCCGGGAUGUGGCCAGCGAAGAUGACCGCCAGAAACGGGAGACCGAGCUCUGCCGCCAGAUGGAUAUGACGCAGCAGCGCAAGAUCGGCCUGCAGGCGGCCAACGCCGACCUGCGCCGGGCGCUGGAGGCGGCGCGCGCCGCCCAGGAGCCGCUGAUGCAGCAGGACCGGCUGAUGGAGCGCGGCUUCCGGCGCGAGUUUGCCGACGUGCCGUCCAACGUGGUGGACGCCCUGUUCCGUUACUUCAGACGGCGUCCGCCGUGUCUGCGCCGCCACAUGGGGACGGCGUGA